GCCUUCGUCAAGAAGGCACCAAUAAAAGCGUCAACCCGUCUGCUGGCUGCUUAUCUCCGCUUUCCUGUUUCGCGCUCAACGUGCACUCGUUCACGAUGAAGGUCACGAGGCCAAACCCGGCGUUCUCUGGAAAGUUCUCGAACUGCGUGCUCUUGAGCGAGUUAUGCUGGGGUGGCUUUGUUUCGGCAGUGAAGAUGAGGAUGCUAAAGUUCCAGGAAUUUUCAAAGGGAUUAACCUCAUUAACUCCAAAAGCCUCUUUUCACAAGAAAUUUACGAGGUACAAUACCUUCAAUUUCAGUUGCCCGCGGGAAGACACAAACACACUGGCAGCUUCAGAUGGAGAACUGAACAGCUCUGACGUGGCUGGCUGUAGCAGUAGUUACACUUCAAAUAGUAACACAAGUUUACCCAGUAUUCAAAGGAACACCAGCUGUGAGCAUGGCUCUGUGGCAAGUUGGGCAGUUUCCUUUGAAAGGCUGCUACAAGACCCCAUUGGAGUUCAGUACUUCACAGCGUUCCUCAAAUCUGAGGUUAGCGCUGAAAAUAUACUUUUUUGGGAAGCAUGUGAAAAAUUCCGGGUAAUACCAGAAGAUAACAAAGAUGAGUUGGCUAAAGAAGCCAAGAUAAUUUAUGACACAUAUCUAUGUAGCAGUGCGCUGAAUGCCAUUAAUAUUGAUGACAGUGCUCGCUUGUCUGUGGAUGUCUUGGAAAAACCUACUGCUGAUAUGUUCAGCAAACCACAGCUACAGAUUUUUAAAUUAAUGAAAUUUGACAGCUAUGCCCGUUUUGUUAAAUCUCAACUAUACCAAAAGUGCAUGCUGGCUAAUGUUGAAGGGAAACCACUACCAGAUAUUUGUGCGGAUUACAAGAGCCCUGGUGCCAUGAAUGUGAUGAGAGAGAGUUCAGCAGUGUGUGAUAUAAAGAAGAAGAAAAAGCUGAAAGCAAGAAAAUCUCUUCCUUUUGAAACUGAGGCAAACACAUUCAAAAGAGCUACACAAAGUAGCAGAACACUCCCAGCAAAAAUAGACCAAUCAGAUGUAAAAGAAAAAAGAGGUUCUUUAGGAGAUUUUUCAGAGAGCAGUUCAACAUUUGCAAGCCGACGUGAAUCGCAAUGCUCUGUACAUUCAGCUACAAGUUUGGAAUUGGGAACUCUUGGCUCUCUUUCCAGCAAAUCAGAGAAUGGAAGGUUCCAGGAUGCAGAGAAAGAAAACCCAUUCGUCAAGUACUGCUGCGUUUACUUCCCAGAUGAAACUGCCUCUCUGGCCCCUGCACGACCGGGAUACUCUAUCAGAGAAAUGCUGUCUGGAAUGUGUGAGAAAAGGGGAAUACCUCUUUCCAUGGUGUCGAUCUACCUUCAGGGCAAAGACAAGCCUCUCUCACUUGAUCAGGACAGCUCUGUUCUAAUGGACCAACAAGUGCGACUGGAGACCCGGAUCACAUUUGUACUUAAACUUCUGCCUAUAAAUAAAACAUUAGGACUCGCAGCAAAGUCCAGUAAAACUUUGUAUGAAGCCCUUGAAUCUACUCUUCUAAAAAAUGGCUUAAAGCCUCAAGAAAUGAAGGCUACACUUGAUGGAGAAACGAAGUCUUUAAAUAUGAAUAUGUCUGUUUUAAGUUUGGCCAAUAAAACGGUAAUUGUGGACAGACUUAAAGGUAAAGAGCACUCCAGUGUACCAGCCCCUGGUAGUCCAGUGAUGCAUUUUGAUCAUAGAUCCACAAUUACAUUGGAAAGUGAGAAAACAGCAGUGAAACAAAUGCGUGGGGUGCCCAAACCAAGAAAUCCAGCACAGCGUAGAACUUAUGACAUGGAUGGACUGAUAGAUUUGCUUUCCAAAGCUCAAAGCAAUCGAGCUAAUGAUCAACGCGGCCUCUUGAGUAAGGAAAACCUCAUUAUUCCUCAGUUCCUACAGCUGUCUGUAAAGGAAGAAGAGACUGAUGAAGAUGACGAAAUGGAAGGAAUAGUAGAGAAGUCACUUAGUGUACAAAAAUGUAGUGAGGAGAACUGUAAGGACACCCUUGACAUUACUGAUAAAAUGUCCUCUUCAGCUACUCGGUCUGAGGUACUGAUCCUUCAAGUGAACACUUCAUCAGAAGACCAUAAAAGUGAGUUACAGAAAACAUCAGUUGCAGAAGGUGAUAAUUUGGACAAAGCUAAUUUGCACUUGGAAUCAAAAGAAAGAAAUGAAUGUUCACCACUUAUUGGCAGUAGUAGUGCAACUAUUAAGGCUGGUCCAGAAAAAACACUACAAAAUACAGUCUGAACUGUAAAGUACUGUUCUAAUGUUGUGUAAAGUUUGUGUAAUAUUAAUCUUAAAAUGUGCUAGAGUCCACAGUGUGGAAUAACUAUAUUUUUAUUUAUUUUCUUAAAAGUGUACAGCCUAAACUUUGUAUAUAAUAGACACCUUCAUGGCUUCAAAAAAAUCCUUGUGGUCAAAUUUUAUACAUUUUUUGCAUGUGAAGUUCUUUCAUGAUUUUCAAGUCACACAUUUAAUUUGUGUGUGAUCUCCACAGAUGAGAGAAAUCCAACUAGAAAGGAGCAGAGGUAUCCAUUAUUAUUUUUCUAGCAUAGGAAUGUUUGACACUUGUUAUGAAUGUUGGUUAUUGCCUUUUUGCACUUGUGUAUAUAGCUUAGUUUAUAACAUUGUAUGCAACACACCCACCCAUAUGAUUUAUAUACACAACUUAAAAAUAUGAUUUUUAUACAUCUGGAAUCUGUGAGUGUUUCCUCUAAUUGUAAUGCAGACAGUACUGUGGACUGAAUCUCCAUUUUUAUAAACAGAAUUUACAUUACAAAAUUUAAUAUAUUACAUUAUAGAAUAAAUUAGAUUACUUCUUUUACUGAUUUACUGAAUGGAAUUUAGUAGGAAACCAAAAUCCAUUGGAGAUGGUGGGUGGGGGGGGGCGUGAAAAAUUGUGUGUGUUUUGUUGUUUUUUUUUUUCCCCACUCAUGAGAACAAUUUGAUUGUCAUUUUAUGCGGAUAUUACACAUUUUGUAUUAUUUAAUAGUAAUAUGUUUUAUAUAAUUAUACAUAUGUAGUUUGUGUAUGUGUAUGUAUAUAUAUAUUUUUUUAAUCUCUCCCUAACCCCCCCCCCCCACCAUAUCUUCUGGUAUUCAGUUUAGGAUUUCACUCCUGAUAGCUCAUUAGUGUACACCCAACACCCAGGAUUUUUUGAGAAAUGUCACCACUGCGUGUCAGCUUGAAGGUUUUAACUCUGCCACCUGUCAGUUUUCUGAAUGGAGUAAAAUAUAUUUUU